GGGGAAUCUGGUGAAAGCUGAGUGGAAGCCAGGACAGGGCAUCGCAGAGCUGCAGUCGCCUGCGGGGAAGUUCUGGCACACCAUGGGCUUCACAGAGCGUGGCAAACAGUGCCUGCUGCCUGAGGAAGCUCUGUACCUGCUGGAGUGUGGCUCUGUUCAGCUCUUUUACAGGGACCUGCCUUUGUCAAUCCAGGAAGCCUACGAGAUCCUGCUGUCCCAGGAGGCAAUGAGCCUGCCCCAUUACCAGGUGUUCAGCCACUUGAAGCAGCUGGGUUAUGUUGUACUGAGAUUCGACCCCAGCACUGUCCUGUCUCCCUACGAGAGGCAACUGAACCUGGAAAGUCACUGCCAGAGCUCUGGGAAACACCAUCGCAAAAGGAGGAGGAGUUCCAGCCCCCAGUCACAUGAAAAGAAAUGCAAAGUAUCCGAGGACCUUCGAGAAGCUGAAGGGAGCUCUGAAAAAGCUGGAGAUUGCUCUGGAGACUCCAGCUGCCUUCCUGUGGAUGAAAAGCUGUUGUCAGAGCAGCCAAAGGAAUCAGAUGCUGGCGGUGGAGAGGGGGAUUCAAACCCGCUUUUUCUUGAUACAGCACAAAAGGACUCCCUGAGCCCUUCCAGGAGCCAGGCUGGAGACCACAAGUUGAGCAGCACUGGCACCCAUGCACCCCGCUGGGAUUUUACCACCAUCAUCUUGCCAAAUGUUGCCCUAGACCAGCUGUGCACACAUCUGCCCUCACCUGACAACGGGCUCUUGCCAGAGAAUGUACUGGGGAGGGAGGUCGAUGCAGCUUGCUGGCGUGCACGCCUCAACCAGAAACAGGAGAAGGUCUCAUGGAAGGAAAGGGAGCGGCGAGAGAGGGAGAGCAGGUACAAGAGCAGUGUCAAUGCAGACCGGGAGGUGAGGCGCUGCUCCAGCUGGCAGGAGUACAAAGCCCUUUUGGAGCAGAGAAGCCAGCAGAAGGUUUGGAGACGACCGCCACAUCUCUGGGGCCAAGCUGUCACGCCACUUCUGCGGCCAGAUGAAGCUACCUCAUCAGCUGCGAUCCUCCAGCAGAUCAGUGUGCUGCAGCCCUCCCACAUCCUGGAUGGAGCCUCUCGACUGCAGGAGGACCCUGAGUGCGUGAAGAUAGACUUCAAUGUGUAUUCAGCAGAUGCUGUGGCCAAGUUUAAGAAGACAAACCCUGGGAAGCCCUAUGUCAGGAUGUGUGUUCGGAGCUUUGACGAGCAGAUUCCAUCCCUUCGGGCUUUGAAGCAGGUUACGUAUCAGAGUGGGGACGUCCCGGUGGUCUUUGCACUGGUGGAUCAUGGAGAAAUUGCCUUUUAUUCACUAAAGGAGUUCAAGCUGCCGGUUGAUGUUAAUCACUGA